AUAAUCAAAAGUACAGCUGAGUUGACCGCCGGUGAUAUUUCUCUCUCUCUCUCUUCUUUCUCUCACUAGAACAACUACUCAUUUACCUUUCGCACCACUUCACUUGACAAGAUCUGUUUAGUUUAUCUCUUCUUUUCACUAAACACACAACCAAACAAAUACCCCCUGAUGUAAUUGAUCCCCUUUUCUCCUCUCAAGAAAACAUUCAUUAAUCCAUCGGAAUGUAAAUGGGCUCUCUUAAUCCACCGGUGCUGCCGUUAAAACGAGACUCUUUACUUAAGUCUUCCCCACAAAGACCCAGAUCAAGGAUUCUGAUUCUCAAAAAGAUUGAUUACUUACAAUGGAUUUCUGCUUUGGCUGUAUUCAUCUUCUUCAUGUUCCUCUUUCAAUUGUUUCUCCCUCUUUCCACUGUCAACGAUGAUUUCUUCAAACAAAAUAUUGAUGAGGGUUUACAAGAUUUGUUCAAAGAAAUUUCCACUUUGGAUUUUGGUGAAGAUGUUAAGUUUGUGCCCACCAGGUUAUCGACGAAAUUCCUGAGAGAAAAAAGUAGUAAUGUUUCGUUUGGUGGCUCAAGAACAGUCACCAGAUUUGGGAAUAGGAAGGUUCAGCUUGCUUUGGUUUUUGCAGAUCUGUUGGAUGAUCCAUAUCAGAUAUUGAUGGUCACUCUUGCAGCUGCUUUGAGGGGGAUUGGCUAUGAAUUUGAGGUUUACUCACUUGAAGAUGGGCCUGUCCAUCAUAUUUGGAGAACUAUUGGAGUUCCAGUUCAUAUUAUGGAUGCUAGUGAUAAAUCAGCCAUUAUGAUCGACUGGUUAAACUAUGAUGGAGUACUCGUGAACUCUCUUGCAGCAAAGGAUGUCGUUUCAUGCCUUUUGCAGGAACCUUUUAAAUCCGUACCUCUUAUAUGGACUGUUCAUGAAAAAUCACUCGCUACACGGGCUGCAAGAUACGUCUCUAAUGGCCAAGCUGAGUUGAUUGAUGAUUGGAAAGCAAUCUUUAAUCGGGCUACAGUUGUCGUCUUUCCAAAUUAUGCCCUACCGAUGUUCUAUUCUGCAUUUGAUGCUGGAAACUAUUUCGUGGUACCUGGAACUCCUUCUGAAAUUUGCAAAGUAGAUAAACCAACGAUCUUUCAUGAAGAAAAUGUGCGUGUAAAUAUGGAUAUUGGGCUCAACGAUUUUGUUGUUGGUAUAGUGGGUAGCGAGUUUCUGUAUAAAGGAAUAUGGCUGGAGCAUGCUCUUGUUUUAAAGGCUUUAUCGCCACUUUUAGCGAAGUUUCCUGAUGGUGAUUCCUCAAGUCCUCGUCUAAAGAUUAUAAUUUUGAGUCAAGAUUUGACCGAUAAUUACAGUGCAGCCAUGGAGGAAAUUACGUCAAACCUUAAUUAUCCAAGAGGAACUGUGAAGCAUGUUGCCAUUGAUGAAGAUAGUGGUGUUUUAGGCAUAACGGAUCUAGUGAUAUACGGGUCAUUCCUUGAAGAACUAUCUUUUCCCGACGUUCUGAUAAAGGCAAUGUGUCUCGAGAAACCAAUAAUUGCUCCUGACCUAUCAGUAAUAAAAAAACAUGUCAAUGAUGGGGUAAAUGGAUAUCUUUUUUCAAAGGAGAAUAUUAAGGAUUUAACACGCGUAAUGCUGCAAGUGGUGUCUGAAGAAAAGCUAUCGUCUUUGGCUCGUAAUAUUGUGUCAACAGGCAAAAAUACCGCUAAAAACAUGAUGGUUUUGGAAUCUGUUGAAGGGCAUGCUUCGUUGAUAGAAAACGUCAUGAAACUUCCUUCAGAAGUUGCAUAUCCAAGGGCAAUAUCGGAAAUUCCUUCAUAUGCCAAAACAGAGUGGCAAUGGCGUCUUUUUGAGGCUAUUGCGGAUCAUGGAUAUGUUAAUAGAACUUUGAGGAUUCACCAAUUCUUAGAUCGGGUUGAAAGUCAGUGGAAUCAUACCCUGAAAGAAGAGAGUUCAGGUGCUAUUCCAGCCAAUGAUACUUUUGUAUACAGUUUAUGGGAAGAAGAAAAACGAAACCAGAUGAUGAAAGCUAGAAAGGCACGAGAAGACGAUGAGGUAAGGGAUAGAAGUGAGCAAUCAAGGGGAACAUGGGAGGAAGUAUACAAAAAUGCAAAGAAAGCGGAUAGAAGUAAGAAUGAUUUGCAUGAGAGGGAUGAUGGAGAACUCGAAAGGACAGGUCAACCACUAUGCAUCUAUGAACCGUACUUCGGUCAAGGAUCUUGGCCUUUCCUGCACAACAAGUCAAUAUAUCGUGGUAUUGGACUUUCCACAAAGGGCCGAAGACCAAAAAAAGAUGACAUUGAUGCACCUUCUCGCCUUGCCCUUCUUAACACGCCUUAUUACCGCGAUACCCUUGGUGAUUUUGGAGCUUUUUUUGCCAUUGCUAACCGUAUCGACCGCAUACACAAGAACGCUUGGAUUGGGUUUUCAUCAUGGCGAGCGACAGGCAGGAAGGAAUCUUUAUCGGAAAAGGCUGUGGUUGCUUUACUAGAAGACAUUGAAGCUCAGAAACACGGUGAUGCUGUCUACUUUUGGGUUCGUAUGGAUAAGGACCCAAGAAAUCCGACACAACAUGAUUUUUGGUCUUUUUGUGAUUCUAUAAAUGCCGGUAAUUGCAAGUUUGCAUACUCUGAAGCUUUUAAGAAAAUCUACGGGAUAAAGAAUAACUCGACGGUUUUACCUCCGAUGCCUGUAGAUGGAGACACAUGGUCCGUCAUGAAUAGUUGGGCCAUGCCUACAAAAUCGUUCCUUGAGUUUGUAAUGUUCUCAAGGAUGUUUGUGGACGCAUUAGACGCACAAGUGUACGAAGAGCAUCGUCAGAGCGGUUUGUGUUACCUAAGUUUGUUAAAGGACAAGAACUGUUACUCGCGGGUUCUGGAGAUGGUUGUAAACGUUUGGGCGUAUCAUAGUGCAAGAAGAAUAGUGUACGUAAAUCCAAACACGGGAGCAAUGCAAGAACAACACGAUUUCAAGAAACGUGCGGGCAAAAUGUGGAUCAAAUGGUUUGAUUACAACACCCUCAAGGCCAUGGAUGAAGAUCUUGCUGAGGAAGCCGAUUUGGACCACGAUGGAAGAAGGUGGUUAUGGCCGUUAACUGGUGAGGUAUUCUGGCAAGGAGUCUAUGAGAAAGAAAGGAUCCAAUUCAGAAAAGAUAAAGAAACCAAGAAGCAAAAAACCCGAGCCAAGAUUCAGAGAAUUAAGAACCGGACCCACCAGAAAGUGAUUGGGAAGUAUGUUAAACCUCCGCCGGAGAGAGAAACUGGAAAGGUAACCGACACAAAUCAUACAGUGGCAGCAGCAAGGCUUUUGAGGUAGCCGACGGUGAUUCUUGAUAGCUUAACAGUGUAGUUGUAGCUUGAUUACUUCAAUUCUUUGUGAAAAAAAAAUAGCUUUUUUUUUUCUCUUUCGGAUAAGAUGAGAUGAAGAUGCAUAGGGGUUUUCAUUAAUCGUUUUGUAUGUAAAUUGCAUCCUUUUUUUUGAUGAUGAUACUGAUGCUAAUUUUACCAGCUCCAAGUUCUUUUGUAUACUGAGAAGCUUAUGUUAAACCGUUCAAACUUGUUAUUUUUAAUACAUUUUAUUAUUAUGUUUUGUAGUUC